UCUCUCUCUCUCUCUCUCUCUCUCUCUCAGUGAAAGUCAUGGAUUGUGAUACAUGCGUCGGCAGCAAGCCAGAGCCAGAUAGCCACUCCAAGUCGUCUGAGAUCGUUUCGCCUCUGAAUCUGAAGCAAGAACUGCCCACUUCUUCUUCUUCUUCUGGAUUUCAAGAUUUCAAGAUGGGUUCUGAGAAUGAAACCCUUGUGGGUCUCUCUGGAAUUCAAGAAAGCCUUGAGGAUGCCUUGGAUGUGAAAAAGAAGCAAUUGUUGGAGCAAGUUGAAGCCAUGGCUGAGGAAAAGGUCACAUCUUUGAAAGUCCAAGUGAUUGAUGAGACUGCGUUGAUUCAAACUUUGCCAAUGGGUUUUCUGGGUCAUGGGGAUGCAAAGCAACAAGUCAAUGGGAAAAAGGCAAGAAACCAACCAAGGAAAGAGAAGCUGGCAAAUGGGUUCAAGCAUGAGGCUCAAGCUGGCAGCUCAGGAGGUGGCAAGAAGAAGAAGACCACUUACUCAAGGAUGGAGUUGGAGGCCUUGCGAUUUGUGAACCCUGCAGGACAAAACAAGCUGUGGAAACAUGUGUAUAAUGGGCUUGGGCCCGUUGUGGCAAGGGAGUAUGAUCAUCUGGCAAUCUCUGUGCAGCAUCAGAAGAACAUCCAGUUCAACUCUGAUCAUCGAAAGCGCUAUUGGAAGAUGGAUGAGGUUCCUGGCAUUCUUGGGGAAUCACUAGGAAACUCAGUCAAUAAUGAUACCCACGAUGUCAGUCUCCUGGACCCUGUUUGCAGUUAUGAUGUUAACAAUGAAAAUGGGUACCCAUAUCCAGAAAAAGAGUGCAGCGAAGAUGAUGACAGUGACGAAGAGUAUGCUAACAUUCAGAGACCUGCCUUUUGGGUUGAAGGAGAACCCAACUUUGAGUCUGGGUCACCAGAAGAUGGAUUUGAGUACCUUAGGCGUGUGAGGUGGGAAGCUGCUCAAAUUCCAAAAGUGAGGGUAGCCAAGGUUGAUAGAAGUAAAUUUAAUAGAGAGCAGAGUGAUUAUAUGCCCAAAAUUCCUGAGAUUGCUAAAUGUCCAGAACAAUUGCUGCCGCUCAAACAGUGGGAGGAUGCUUUUCUUUCUGAGUUUUCAGAGCUAAGGCUGGGUCUGUCUCGUUUUGAGGGUUCUAGUGCCAACACAUCUGGAGAUUCGCAAUCGAAAGUUAUUCUUCACAAGAGCUGCUCCUCCCCUCAGCCACCGGUCAAUAUUGUUUUUGAAAAUUUUGCUCAUGUCAAGUCUAUGGAAGUCGACUGCACUGAAAACUUCAAUUAUCAGCCAUCCUUGUUGACUGCUGAAGGGAGUGCCUCACCCCCUGUGGAAAACUUCAGUCCUAAAGCUUCUGUGGAUCAUAGUUCCAGAGACUCCCCUUUGUUGUCCGUGAUUUUUAGAUUGGACUCUGUUGCCAGAGUAUCUAUGUUGAGAAAACGCAUAAAGGCAGCACAGGACACCAGCACACUGUCAAGGGAUGAUUGUCUGUGGCUAUUUGCACUGUGUGCAGUAGUUGAUACUCCACUGGAUGCUGACACCAGUGCUUCUUUACGUAGUCUUCUAAGGAAGUGUGCUGCACUGCGAGCUACAAAAUCUACACUUGACGACGAGUUAAUAAUGUUGAAUAUUCUUGCCGCAAUAUCAGGUAGAUAUUUCGGGCAAUCAGAAAGCUGAAGCUUUUCUUAUUUUUCUACAUCUCGCCUGAAUGAGUAUAGGGGGACUAACUAGAUACUGAAUAGCUGCACUGUGGAUAA